CACACAUGACACAACUCACACAUAUGACUUCAAAAUAUAACCUAACUUUUAAAAUUAAAAUUUAAAAGACUCUAAUAAAUGUAAAAAUGAAUAUAACUCGAACGAUCGGAGUAAGAUUGUUUAGAAAUUUAACAUCUAAACGAACAUUAAACACAAUUACAUCGAAUAAUAACAAAUUAAAUGUAUCACCUAUUAUUAUUACAAGUAAUUUAAUAAAUAAGAAUGCAUGGAUAUGGAAAGAAGAAUCGAUUAAAGAAACACCAUCGUAUAUUACAAACACAAUUAUUGAUUUACCGAAGUAUUGGACACCUUUACCAACAAGUACACAAAUUAUAAUACCAAAAAUUAUUGAAACUCCUCCAUCGAUCAAAAUUAAUAAAAUUGAAGCGGCACGGUUAAUUGUAAUACGCCGUCGUAAAAUGAAAAAACAUAAGUUACGUAAAUUACGUAAACGUAUGAAAUUUGAAUGGGCAAAGGUUCGUCAACGUCGGGAAUUACGUAAAGAGAAGGAAUUUCAAGCAAAAUUAAUAGCACAAAUUAAAGAAGGUGAAAAAUUUUCAGCUGAACAAUUUGUAAGUGAAAGAAUUCGAGCUGCAACUGAAAAACCGUUGCCACGGUUUUGGAAAGGUAAACGUUUACCGGCGUUUAUAAUCCGACAGAAAUUAGGCUUAGAUAAAAAUAAUAAAACAAAUACGAUUUAAAUUUAUUUAUUUGUAAA